CAGCCGCAACCGCAACCGGAGAGCUCAAUACCAGGAUACCGUCCUGGCCCAUUUCUCACACGCGGGAAGAAGUUCCUCCUAGCCUCAGCCAUCUUCGUCCCGAUAGGCAGUUACGUAUGGCUGCGACGGCUCGAAGCCAAGUCUAGAGAACAUACCAGGCUCCUUGAAGAAGAGGGACGGCGGAACUGGAUCCAAGCCGAGCGAGAGCGCUCGGCCCGUCGGGACCUGAGUGUUCCUGUGGGCAGAAGUGGCGGCGGUGUCUAG